AUGAACCAAGGCGCCUCGCACGAGUGCUUUCGAGAGAGAAACUUGAGUGGCGCAGAGCUGGCGUCUCUUCGCUGCGUGGAGGACGUAGGUUUCGUCAAGACGCUGCUGCACAUGGCUGCGUGUUCCAGAGCUUCAGUAGGAGGUGGUACGUGUGUACAGGAGCUCCAGCUAUUGUCACAUACGCUUAGUGAUACUGGUAGCGUCCAGAAUAAGCGCGUAGCAGCCAAGACGCCUCCCAGAUCCGCUGCAAGGGCGUUUGUGAAGCGACCAGUGGUGCGUACGAAAUAUGGAGAUAUAGUGGGAAGUUUCCAUACUCAGGAGUAUGAGGAAGGCAGCAAGAAGGUGGUGAUAGGCAUGAGUGUGCUUAAUACGCUGCAGUCGUGCGAUACGGUGGCUCUAUCGAUGGAGUUUUUAUCCAAGAAGGAAGGAGAUGUUUCUGUUGAGUUUGUACAGUUGAUGGAAGUGAUUUCCAAGGGUGGAUUUCUGAUGGAAUGUCCGGAGGAUGUUACGUUGAAGCAUGAGACAAAGGUGCUGCUUUGA